AUGUGUGAAAAAACAUUGGUCACAGAAGUGUUAGCUGACCCUAGUAUAGCUGUGAAACUGGCUGACACCAAAGCUGCAGGUGAAGUGAAAGCAUUGGAUGACUUCUACACCAUGCUGCAGACUGAUCCUGAUAGGGCUUACUAUGGUAUUCGUCACUGUGAAAGGGCAGCAGAGCAACAAGCCAUUGAACUUCUGAUGGUAUCUGAUGAGCUCUUUAGGGCGCAAGACAUAGCCCAGAGGAAACGUUAUGUCUCACUGGUGGACUCUGUGAAGGAAAAUGGCGCGGAGGUCAAGAUUUUUUCCAGCCUGCAUGUCUCGGGAGAACAGCUGGGUCAGUUGUCUGGUGUUGCUGCCAUUUUGAGAUUUCCCAUGCCCGAGGAAGAUGAUGAAGACAACCAGGAUGUGGACUCGGAUGACGAUUAAAAGAUGAUUUUUUUCUCUCCCCUUGUGUUUCAUGAAAAGAUGCCCUGAUUGUAUAAAUCUUUAGAGCCUGCAGGAUCUUGUAUGGUUGUAACUUAUUUCUCUAUGCCAGGUGGUAGCUGAAUAACUGUCAGCCAUGAUGAAUAAAUGACCUCGCUGUAUAGCUGAGACUUUACAUAGCUGUGACCUUGUUGUAUAGCUGUGACCUCACUGAAUAGCUGAUCUUGCUGUAUAACUGACCUCUCACUGACUAGCUGUGAUUUAAUGUUACAGUUUUUAGAGAUUGUGUUGUGUUAGAUGAGUUUUGUUUUAGAAAGUUGGCAUUUAUUAUGGCUACUAUCUUUUUCAUGUUAAAUUUUCAAUGCAAUGUUGAUUUAAAACUUGAUAAAAAUGAACUUCAUUUGAAUUUGAUUUUUUAUCAAUAGCAACAUUUAUUAACUCUUUAUGUUGCCUUUUGAUCCCUACUGUUUUAGUCUUAAGGUAUUGUGUUGUUGUUUUUUUGGGUCUUAAACUAUUUGAUAAUCCUACAAUGUUUUUUGUUUAAUGCUUCACUAUAACAGGACUUAUUCCAUUUUCCAAUUAAAGAAAAAAUGUGUUCAUAGUUUUUCCUGCACUCAUGUAAUGAUGGGUCUGUCAUGAUUUAUGCAGCAUUUGUUCUGUCACCCACAGCUUCACUGUGUACGGUAAAUGUUUCAUAUAAGAAUGUAAAAAAAAGCUGUUUUAUUUCCAACUCUUGCAGGGUACACUAAAAUAUGUGUAUAAACCUAUGUAUAUUUUCCUUGUACUUGUACAUUAGAAUUCAUUUUAUUUACAUAAGCAAGGGAAGCGACUUUUAAUUUUUUUUUAAA